AGCUUUCCAUCUCACAAACAUGACUGAGCUGUCACUCUCCUCUGUGAUUGGUGGACAUGACAGGAUGGAGCUUUUUGUUUAGCCAAUGGAAAGUGAACGGAAGAGAGUGUUUCCCUUGGACGCUGUCAUCCCAGUGUUCCCUUACGCACAAAUAUGUGCGUGUGUUGGGGAAUUCAAGGAAUCUGCAAAGGGGUAUGUUAUUUCUAAGCGGUGUCAGGAAGAGGACAGGCCUGACAUAACACAGGCACAGGCCGCUGGUGGGGAUAAAAACCCCACAGUGGAGAUGGAAAACUGUUGCCAGCCAUAUCGGUCACAUGCAGUGAAACAAGUGGAAUAUGCUCCCAAAUGUCAGGAAUGUCCCUGGGAAGCAGGAGCAUUGUUUGGGCCGAUGGGGCAGAGCUGCGGUCGGACUCGGGUUGUUUAGGAGAUAUUUUUCUCCAGCUAAUGUUUUCUUUAAAACCGACCUUGAAAACAUCUGAAUGACAGCAAGCCACAUAAUGACUGCUUACCGACUUUGUUGCUGAAAACACUGGACCGAGCGCCACAUCAACACUCGCAAAGCUCAGAAUAGCACUUUGCAGAAGCGUACACAGCGCAGACCGCAUGGAAAACAAUCCUGACACAGCUAUGGGCUCAUGUCCCUUCUCUUGCCCCCCUUCACGUGAAACAACAGCACCUGCUUGCUGCUGCCCCACUGUUUGCUUGAACUCUGUCAGGAACAUACUGCCCGGCUCUUUCCCCCACCUUCAAAAACAAAAAAGAAAAAAAAAGAAAGAAAAGGAAAGCAGAGAUUAAAAUACAAAGAGCUCAAUUAAUCCUCAGGCCCACAGCACCGCAGCCCUGUGCCCAUGGCAGCCGACUAGCUAUUUCCUGUUCCACCCUCCUGGCUUAACACUGAACAGACCUCAGUGUGGUGCGUCUGAGGCCGGAGAGGCAGACAUCACCUCCCUCUGCUCACUCUGGUCAAGCACUGAGGCUGGAAUCCACAUUACAGCAGAGAAAAAGGAAUCACCUCCCUCUGGACCCCUUUUCAGCUGCUGCAGCCUCUGAGCGGUGGGAGUGCUCACUGCUCAGGCUGAUGCUGGGGAGGCAACACACGUGAGGGCUGUUCUCUCUCCGGCUCUCCACGGUCCAGAGGCAACAUCAGCUCCUCGGACUGACAGACACACACAUACACACUCACACUUCUUACUCCUCUACAACUUCUUGGAAACCAGCCUCUCUCUCCGUAGGUGUGAUGAGGUUUUCUCUACAUGCUGGUUGACAGCCCGGUCUGAAUCUGGAACUAAUUUCUUGUUCAGCGCAGACGUUGUGCUCGCUGGUGCAGCACUAAGGAUCUGCCGCGGGUGGAAGGUCCACAGUUAACCCACGCAAAAGUGAGUCCUGGAGAUGAGAGAUUUGAACCCGGAGUGAACCAGGAUGGAACCCAUUAAGAGAGACAUGGAGCUGCUCAGUAACAGCAUGGCAACCUACGCUCACAUCAAAGCAAACCCAGAGAGCUUCGCCCUCUACUUCAUGAUGGGUGUGUGUUUCGGCCUGCUGCUGGCACUCUGCCUCCUGGUGAUGGGCAUCGCCUGCAGGCGCCGCAGCCCCAGCAGGGCUCCCCCCUCCCCUGAGAGGAGGCAGCUGAAGGAGUCCAGCGAGGAGGAGGAGGAGGAGGAAGACGACGAGGAGGAGGAGGAGAGCAUUGGGGAAGCAGACGGGGAGGAUGCAGAAAUCCCCAAAGUGACAGCGGGGCCCAUCAGUGAGCGCAGCAGCCAGUCUAACGGGACUCUGAGGAGUGUGAAUGUGUUCACGUCAGCCGAGGAGCUGGAGAAGGCUCGGCGUCUGGAGGAGAGGGAGCGCAUCGUCAGGGAGAUCUGGAGGAACGGCCAGCCGGACAUCCUGGUCACCGGGACGGGGACUAUCGGCCGGGUACAUUACCACUAAAAGACAUUAACCUGUAUCCAACCAAUGCACCUGAAAGACUGCAAAGGACAGAACGCAAUGGGACCACACUAAGACUUUUAAAUGUUUGUACUUGUGACACAUAAAAGAUUUUGUAUGCAGCAUAUUUGGCUUCAUCUGUAUGCUAUUCCAUCUUUGCAAUGUGAACAAUUAAAAUGUUAACCACUUUUUGGGAUAUCAACACCAGACUAGUACCAUGUACA